AACCCUAAAUCUUCUUCCUCAGUCAUCCUCUGUAACAGAGGUUUUUCCUCAGACCAAACCCUCCUCUACCUCUCUAUCAGCACCGAUGACGAAGAAGAGCGAUGGAGCUAACGAGGACCAAGUGAAAGAACCCAAGAGGAAUAUCGUCCCUUCAAAAUCCCAGAAAGAAGCAAAGGAAAUGAAAAGCUCGAAAGAGGAAGAAGACCUUCUCUUAGACUCCGGCACUGAUUCCGACUACGACGGAGAUAGCUUGUCAGGCUCUUUGAACUCCGAUGACUUCGACUCCGACAUCUUCGACUCCGAGGACGACGAUGAUUCUCAUAGAGAGACACAAGAUGACGAGGGCUCAGAUGAAGUGGUAGAUAGUGAGAAUGGCGAGGAGGAAGAUGGGAGUGAUGAUGAAGGCUCUGAGCAACGUGAAGUAGCCGAAGAGAGCGAUUCGUCAGAAGAUGAGGUUACUCCAAGGAACACAGUUGGGGAUGUUCCAUUGGAAUGGUACAAAGACGAGAAACAUAUCGGUUAUGACAUCACUGGUAAGAAGAUUACCAAGAAGGAGAAACAAGACAAGCUUGACUCUUUUCUUGCAACUAUGGAUGACUCCAAGAACUGGCGCAAAGUUUACGAUGAGUAUAAUGAUGAGGAAGUGGAGCUGACUAAAGAAGAGAGCAAACUCAUUCGUAGAAUGCUCAAAGGAGAAGCUCCACAUGCUGACUUUGAUCCAUAUGCGCCUUAUGUUGACUGGUUCAAAUGGGACGAUGCGAUACAUCCGCUCUCAAGUGCACCGGAACCCAAGAGAAGGUUCAUCCCUUCAAAAUGGGAAGCCAAAAAAGUUGUUAAGUUGGUUAGAGCGAUAAGGAAGGGGCUGAUCAAGUUUGAUAAGCCUGAAGAGGAGCCUAAUGUGUACCUUUUAUGGGGUGAUGAUUCAGCUUCAGAUCAAAAGAGCAAGCACUUGACUUAUAUUCCUCCACCCAAACUAAAACUUCCAGGACACGAGGAAUCUUACAAUCCUUCUUUGGAGUACAUUCCAUCAGAGGAAGAGAAAGCCUCUUAUGAGUUGAUGUAUGAGGAAGAUCGUCCAAAGUUCAUUCCUAAAAGGUUUACAUCUCUGAGAAGCAUCCCAGCUUAUGAGAAUGCACUUAAGGAGUCUUUUGACCGUUGUUUGGAUCUUUACCUAUGUCCCAGAGUCCGAAAGAAGAGAAUAAACAUUGAUCCUGAAUCUUUGAAGCCUAAGCUACCUAGUAGGAAGGAUCUUAGACCUUAUCCAAACUCAUGUUAUCUUGAGUAUAAAGGCCAUACAGGACCUGUUACUUCCAUAUCCACUGAACUUUCCGGCCAGUGGAUAGCCUCAGGUUCAACUGAUGGAUCUGUUCGUAUAUGGGAAGUGGAGACUGGUAGAUGCCUUAAGGUCUGGCAGUUUGAUGAAGCUGUUAAGUGUGUUGCCUGGAAUCCUCUUCCUGACUUUCCAAUUCUAGCCGUCGCCAUGGGAGUAGAUUUGUUUUUCCUGAACACUGAACUUGGCACUGAUGAGGAACAACAAAGGAUUGAAGAGCUGCUUCGCUUAGAUAACCUUCCAGAACUUGAUGAAGCUGCUGCAGCAAUUGCAAAGUGGCUUCCAGAUGAGAAAUAUCGAGGGAUCAAGAUAAGACACUUCAAGAACCUAUCGUAUAUUGACUGGCAUCCAAGAGGAGACUAUCUCUCAGCAGUCAUGCCAGGAGGCGAAACGCGAGGUGUUGUAAUACACCAGCUCUCAGCACAUUCAACAAAAAUGCUCCCAAUAAAGAUGCGUGGACUUCCAGUGUGCACACUUUUCCAUCCCAAUCACCGUGGCAUCUUCAUCAUCGCCACGAAAAAGUACGUGCGUGUUUACAAUCUUCACAAGAACGGAGAGCCUAUAAAGAAGCUUGAGACAGGGUUGAGAGAAAUCUCGUCCAUGGCGAUUCAUCCUGGUGGUGAUAAUCUGGUAGUUGGAAGCAAAGAAGGGAAGAUGUGUUGGUUUGACAUGGACCUGUCUUCGAAACCUUACAAGAUUCUCAAAAACCAUCCUAAAGACAUUACCAAUGUGGGGUUUCACCGUUCGUAUCCCUUGUUUGCUUCGUGCUCGGAGGAUUCAACAGCUUAUGUGUUCCAUGGAAAGGUGUAUAGUGAUCUUAAUGAGAAUCCUUUGAUUGUGCCGUUGGAGAUUCUAAGAGGCCAUUCUUCAAAAGGAGGAGUCUUGGACUGCAAGUUUCAUCCAAGGCAGCCAUGGCUAUUCACGGCAGGCGGUGACUCAGUUAUCAAACUUUAUUGCCAUUAAGUUUAUUCCAAGCCCUAUUUCUUUUGACAUUUGCAAGUUGUAUUCGCCUCUCACAUUGGCUUAACUUUUUGUAUUGGAAAGUUAUUUGUAAGACUUGUCUCCAUAACAUGAGAAAUCCGGUACUAUAUAGUGGGUCAUUUAAAUCACAA